AUGGUAACUCCAAAUCAACCUGGUUUUAAAUAUUUGUACUUCUUUAAAGAAGAAUUUCAAGCAGAUAUGUCAGAGAUUCUUAGAGAAGGACCUACUGUACGUCGAGUAGUUGAGAUUAUUACACAAAAUAUUGAUUUCUAUCCAAAUAUACUUGCAGAAUAUAAAAUUAAAUCAAUACGUUUUGAUCAAAUACAAAGUUUUGAUCUAGAAAUACCAGAUGAGAAUGAUUGGGAACCUAUUUAUUUAAAAUUAAAUGAAAAAGAUCCUUGUUUAUUGUUUAAGAAUAAAAUUGUUAAUUCUUUAUAUGAUGAAUAUGAUAUAAAUGAAAAUUUUAUUAAAAAAUAUAUUCGUGAUGAUAAGGAUAAGGAUAUUAUGGUUAGUAAGGAAGAUGUUGAAAAAUUAAUUUCUUGUAAAUUUAGAGAUAAGAGAAAUAUUGGAUUUAAUGAUAUUGAAAGAACAGCAGUUACAUCAUAUUAUUAUGGUGUUCAGGGUGUUGUAGUAACAAAUUUAGAUUAUUCACCAAAAGCAAAAAAAUAUGCUUCUAAAUAUAAUAUUAUUUUAUCUCAUUCAUCAAAUCUUAAACGUAGAUUAAAUCAUUUUAUUCAAAAAGAAUUAGAUGAAAAGGAAUUUAAUAUUUUAUAUGAUUUUUUAAAAGAAUAG